GAAUGCCCAAAUUGCUUUACCUAAUUUAUUUGUACUUUAAAUUAUAAACAACAAAAUAUUUUUUGUAAGGGUUUUAAACAAAAUUGCUAAAAGGGUCUUAAAAACUUACAGCUUCUCCCUUCACCAUCAGCUUUUUAAUUUGAUUUUAUAGCCUGUAAACAACAAGAAUGGACGAUUUCGACGACGAUUCCUUUAAUGAUGUUCUGGGCUCCAUGGAAAUGCCCUCGGCGGCGAAGCAACCGAAAUUAGUUGAGCCACCUGCAACGGCAGUGGCUCCAAGCAACAACACCUCCAUUCCCGCUCCUGCCAAGCCGGCUUCCAAUCCCCACAGUGUUCUGGUCCACAGCAAACAGCGCGGCAAUCCCAUCCUUAAAUCGAUUCUCAAUGUUCCCUUGGAGUUUCGAGACGACAUCGUGCCGGAUUAUGUUGUUGGUCGCACAUCCUGCGUCCUCUACUUGUCCCUCAAGUACCACAAUCUUAAUCCGGAUUACAUUUGCCAGCGGCUAAAGGCUCUGGGAAAGAUGUACGAGCUGCGAGUGCUCCUGGUCCAGGUGGACACACCAGAGCCGCACAAUGCCCUCAAGAGCUUGACCAGGAUCUCACUGCUGGCCGAUCUGACCAUGAUGCUGGCAUGGAACGCCGAGGAAGCGGGAAAAAUUAUUGAGACCUACAAACAGUUUGAGAAAAGGCCACCAGAUUUGAUCAUGGAGCGAGUAGAGUCGAAUCCGCAUCAAAAGCUGGUGGCUGCCCUAACCAACAUCAAGCCGGUAAACAAAACGGAUGCCGUCACCCUGCUGCAAACUUUUGGCAAUCUAGGCAACAUAAUCACUGCCAGCGAGGAGCGACUUUCUCAGGUGAUGGGACUGGGGCCCCGAAAGGCCAAGAAGCUAUACAAAACCUUGCAGGAGCCCUUUCUCAGCAAGUAGAGGACACUCCUAAUUACUAUGUGUAAUCAAUUUCAUCCAUCAUUUAAAUACUUUUAAUUUCUUAUAAGGAAGAAACUGUACAGAAAAUGAAGUUCUAUUAUUGUUUAACCACUUAAAUAUACCAUACAUUGUUCGGCCGACUA